UAUACAAUAUUUCAUAUAGUCGUAAAAUGACGUCCAGUGUUUGUUGCACGGUUUUAAAAAUGUAACAAUAUGCAUGAACAUACGUAGUAGGAGUUCUCAGAACUGUACUGAAUCCUGGUUUUGAACUAAUUGUUGUAGGCUAAAGAAAACAGGUUUAAACUCAUUUAGACGAGCUGUGAGUAUUUGUAAAGUACGUACAUAGAUGUUUUAGUAGUUAUAAAGAACGAAUCAAACAUUGGUCGAAAUUGUCGAUGGGGCAUGCAAUUGAUUUGUAUUGUUAUAACGAUGUAGCCAGCCACACAAUUUGAACUUUUUCGCAAGCACCAACAUGAUGACCACACAAUUUGAAAUAGGCUUGCCGGAGAGCAAUAACUUGUUGUAUGUUUUAGAUAUUGAUACAAUGCAGCCUGUUAUUAAUACACCAUCCAAGCCAUGACCGAUUCUGGACCGUCAAGAAAAAUGUCACGGGCAAAGUUAGUGAUACUUGGACGAGACAACUGUGGAAAGACAGCCCUGUGUGUUAGAUUCAUCACCAAGCGGUUCAUAGGAGAAUAUGACCAUAAAAAGGAAGUAACUUACAGGUGUCGGAAAACUGUCGACAAGGAGACCAUCGAUUUGGAGAUAUUGGACACAGCCAACAAGGAGUGUGUGGGUUCUGCAGCACCUUCUCUGGAGAGUUCCAUUAAAUGGGGCGAUGGUUUCCUUAUUAUGUAUUCCAUCAUAGACCGGAGCAGUUUUGAGUCUGUCUCACACUUAAAGAGGCUUAUUGAUCAUGUCAAGCAGACCCUAGGCAUACCUACUGUAAUAGUUGCGAAUAAAUGUGACAUGGAGAAUGGAAGGGUGGUGCGGACAGAAGAAGGAAAGGCCCUUGCCAGUGAUCUGAGGUGCAGCUUCUUUGAGUUGUCUGUGGCGGAGUGUUCUGUGGCUGUGGAGUUAGCGGUUGAGAAGUUGGUACGAGAGGUGCGCCUGGAGUACCAGCGCCACCUACUGGCCAUGGACAAACGCUCACGCAUGCUCCAGAUGAGGCACGCACUGAGCCGCAAGCUUACCCGCAGCAAGACCAUGCAGUGGUGACCAAGGCAGUUCAGUCUGGCCCCCUGAGCACAGGCCUGAAGAUCUACUUAGCCAACGCUGUUAUCUUCAUCUGCAUUAUGCUUUAAGUUGACAGUGAGAGGUCAGUGGCUAGUUUCCUUAUAAAAAAGCACACAGAAGUUGGAGAAGAACACAAUGGACAGCAUUACACAGAAAUUAUAUAUAUAUAUAUAAACAUUGUGUGUCUAUGGCUACAUAUUUGGGUUAAUGCACAAUUGCAUAAGGGUUCACACAGCUUUGAUAUGACACUUGACAACAUCAAUGGGAGUUUGAAAGAAAGCAGCUGAAAAUGGAUUGGAAGUUGCACUUUGACCAGGAGGUAUUAUCUCUUAAUAUCACCUGUUUGACAUUGAAUUAUGGGUAACUCCAUUAUUACAAAAACAUUAGACAUCCUUGAGUGUAAACUAAAAUGUUAUUUUGUUAGACAUUUUGGUGUCUACAGUGUUCAUAAGGAGAACUGUCACACACUAAAUCUUGAUGGCUGUUUAUAAAAAUCAGGAUACAUUUUUUCAGAGAGAAGAGAAGUCACAAUUACAACUUUGUAAUUUUAUUUAAAAAUGGUCAAAUAAAUAAAUACAAAUUGAUCGAAUGCUCCAAAAAUCUUGACUUACUCUGACACUGCAAUGGAAUUUGCCAAACACUGCAUACAAAUUAGCUACAUAAAAUAACUCAAGUACAGGAAAGAGAUAAAGGAAAUCAGUGGAUCACAGGCAACAAAAAGGAUUGGUAACAAAACCGUAGUCAAAAAUAAAGAAAUACUUCUUUAAAAAAACUGUGAAAAAAUACAACUGACAAAUAUUACAAGAGAGUAUGCAGUUUGUGUAAUAAACCAUUUACACUAUAUUCGGCACAUUAGUGCCUUUGACUUGCUUGAUUUGCUACAAUGCAUCUUAAC